AUGACAGGAAACGACGCGAAGGUCGCGCCAGCAGCUUCAUCAGCCACGCGCAGCUUGACCGCGAACUCAAGCGCCGCCAAAAGCAAUCACUUCAAGGCAUCUUCCUCAUCUUCGCGCAACUCGAACAUGAGCAUGAACCUACCAGAAGAACCACAUCCGGCGCUCCCCAGCGACUCAUGGAAGAAAAGGUCCAUGAAGCGAUCAUCUUACGACCUUGGGCACAUAACGGCAAGACUAUCACACGCGGAGACAUCUCACCUACAACAAGAUGCGAGGAGACAUUCCAGAGGCAUGAGUGCGCCUCAUAACAGGUCAUUGACGACUCCUACAAGUCCGAUACAGAGAGAGUUUCUGGAACCAGGCGCACCACCUCCGCCCCCCAUUGGAAGGUCAUAUGAAAGCUUGAAAGCUGAGCAGUCGAUGAGCGAGCAUGCUUCAAAACAACAUGAUAUCCACGCGGAGCUGCAUUGGGAGAUAUUUGGCGGCAACCCUAGGAACUGGACGAGAAAAACGCGUUGGAUGCAUACUGCCGUGGCUUGCUUCAUUGCGUUUGUAUGCACAUUGGCAUCGACGAUAUUGACCCCGUCUCAAGACCCAACCAUACACACCGACUCUGCAAGCGCGAAAGCUGCUCUACCAACAUCUCUCUACCUUUUCGGACUCGUCUUUGGUCCCAUACUUAGCAAUCUAGGCAGCGAAGCUCUUGGUCGCAAACUGGUAUACCUGGUGACUCUCCCACUUUUCGCCAUUUUCGUUACUGCCACGGCUAUCGUCAGCGGCGUCGCGGGCUUUUUGGCAUGCAGAUUCUUCUCUGGGCUAUUCUGCGCUCCGCUACUGCACCUUGGGUUCGGGACCAUCUUCGACAUCUGGAACGGAAGUGAGCGAUCAUCGGCUCUGACCCUUUACCUAUUUUCAACACUGUUCGGCAUUACUCUCGGACCAGUCAUCGGCGGCUAUACUGCUGAGGAGCGCGGAGUCGAGUGGACACAAUAUGUCAUCGUCAUCUUGAUCGUUGUGUGCAUGAUCCCCAUGGCCCUCAUGAAGGAGACCGCAAAGGAAGCCAUCAAUCGCCGGAAAAAAGACUCGGCGAAACUGUUCGCGCUGUCCAAGGAAGACUGCGAUGCCAUUUGCUUGGCUCCACUGCGAAUGCUUAUUCUGGAGCCAGUUCUUAUAGCUGGAGUCGCAUAUGGAGCGUACCAUCUCGGCGUAAUGUACAACAUCUGUAUUGCAUUCCCAACGUUGUUGGGCAAGACGCACCAAUUCAAGCCGGGCGUUCAAGGGCUCUCGUUCGUGAGUAUGUCGAUCGGAGUGGCGCUGGCCUUGUCUCUCCUGCUUGCGUAUCAGCACUGGUACUACGAGCCAUGGGUCGUCCGUUUCAAAGAAGAGGCAGCCAGUGAAGACGAGAAAUCGCUCUAUUCAGCGCACGAGCCUUGGCGAUUACAAUCUACACUAUCGAAGCUUGCGCCUCGUUCCACGGCCUCAGUCAGCACAUGGGGCUCUGUUUUCGAUACCAUGCCAAAGUCGCCAGGCCAUUCCAGUCAUCCUCCUCCAUCGCCAGGCAGGCGAGCCUCUAUAUUCGAUCUCUUGCCCCGAUCUGCAGAGCAACAUCACCGCCCCCCUUCCGCGCUAGGCAGAUCCAAUUCUGUAUUGAACUCACUGAAGAGGAUGUCGAGCCUGAGGACUAAAGUCGAAGAACAGCCUCAAGACGAUCGACACCGAAACGUCACCAUGGCUAAAGCUGCAGCGACCUACCUCAACGGCAUUGAUUGCAACGCCGACAAGCAAAUUUCAGUCGAGCGCCUGCUCUUCGUUCUCGAGCAGAAUCUCGAGUUUCAGCAUUUUUGCACCAUUCUAGAUGCAUGGAAGAUCAACUUUGAUCGAUUCGAAUUGGCCAGAGUGCUCGCAGAAGCGCUUGCAUUCCACGCCUCGCCGUCGACAAACCUGAGCAUGUCAACAUGGACCAACCAGAACAACUUUAGGGACAUCCAGCAUCAUCGCAGCGCUACCAUCAAGUCCCUAGAGUCUGCAUCUACUCUGGCUGCUCCCGCUCCAGCACGUGCACCUUCAGUUGCAGCUCGCCGCAAGACAGCUUUACCCAAAACCUCGCCACCACCGCCGGAAUGGCGCCUGAGACCUUCAAUACCAGCUUUAGUCCUGAUUGGCGUAUCACUUUUUAUGCUGGGCUGGACGACAAGCAGCAAGAUUCACUGGUUCGUGCCGCUACUGGCAAUGGCAGUUUUCGCUGCGAGUCUGCUGGUCGUUCUCGUCAGUAUCGUGCAAUAUCUGCUGGAAAGCUUUGAAGACGAGCGGUCAGUGCUUGCUGCAAGCAACAUGCUCAUUUGGCUUCUUGCAUUCUUUUUCUCGCUAUCUGCAAAGGAUGUUUUGAACCUUGGACCUGGACCAGGCAUGAGUGUCUACGGCGGUAUCAGUAUACUUCUGGGCGCUAUACCAAUUCUGCUCUGCUUUCAUGGUUCGCGGCUUAGACGAGGAGGUGGCGAUCGGAGACCUAGCACUGCAAGAUGA